UUUUUUGACUUUUUCUCUCCUUUUGCUCUCUCUCACUAUUAAAAACCAAACCCUAAUAAAUCUUUCGCUUUCUUCAAUCAUCUCAUUUUCCCUUUGUUUGUCUCCUCCAAAGAACUCUCCUUAUCUCUCUCUUUUUCCCUCUCCCCCUCUCCCAUUCCCUUCUUUCACUUAUAUAUCCUUCUAAAAGAACAUCUUCAAAGCUUAAGCACAAAGGCUCAAAUGGCAGUGGGGGCUCCGAAUAUGAAUCUUUUCCCUCAGUUCAUCCCCAAUGGAGAUUUUACUUGUGUUCCUUUGGUCGAUACAAUGCAAGAAGCUGCUGUUUAUCAAUCUUUCUGCAAAACUUCAAUCAACAAAGCUGACAGUGGACUUACGAAUAACGUGAAUAUCCCGGUCUCGUCGGCUCCGAGGAAAAGGCCAAGAGAUGCGUCGUUCGUCGAUUGCUUCGAUUCGUACGCUGUUCCUCGAAAGAACAAAUCUUUGGGUGUUUCUUCUGUUGUUGAUGCUGGUGUUUUCUGUCAGAUUCAACAACAGCAGCAGCAAGAAAUCGACCGUUUGAUUGCCCAACAUAUGGAGAAACUGAAGGUGGAGCUCGAAGAAAAGAGGAAGAAACAGUCGAGAAUGUUGUUGACGGCGAUCCAAGACGGCGUCGUAAAGAAACUGAAGGAGAAAGACGAUGAGAUUCAAAGAAUGGGGAAACUGAACUGGGUUCUUCAAGAAAGGGUUAAAAGCCUGUGUUUAGAGAACCAACUGUGGCGGGACUUGGCGCAGACCAACGAAGCCACCGCUAAUUCUCUACGCACCAAUUUAGAACAAGUCCUGGCCCAUGUCGGCGAGGAACGAAACGUUGCCGACGACGGAGCCGCGGCGGAUUUGGUUGAUGAGGCGGAGUCUAGCUGCGGAAGCUGCGAUGAAGGGUGGCGCAAAGUGGUGGUCCCGCAGCGACCACAACCACAACCACGGGAGGCUGUGGUUGAGGACGGUAAAAGGAAGUGUAGGAAUUGUGGGGAGGAGGAGACCAGUGUGCUGUUGCUGCCAUGCAGGCAUCUUUGUCUAUGCGCAAUGUGUGGGUCCAGUCUGUUGGGCACUUGCCCUGUUUGUGACUCCCUCACCAAUGCCAGUGUUCAUGUUAACAUGUCCUGAAACCUUUGUUUUUCUUUUUCUUAUUUCUUUUAGAGUUUUAGUGAACCAAAAAGAGAAUGUAAAAUGCAAAUAUGUUUUUAAGAAAUGGAUCAUAGAAUUUUUGUUUUCU